AUGACUACAGGCGGCACAUUGCCCUCGACGGGCUCUCGUAGCUCAUCACCAGCUAACCCCACAUCGACGAAACCUCUCUUGCACCGGCUAUACACAUCGCACACGCUCUCGACAUGGAACUCGCGCACCUUCGAAUUCGGCGCCGUCAUUUUCUUGGCAGCUAUCUUUCCGGGCACAUUAUUCUUCGCAUCGUGUUACGCCCUCUUUCGCUCUCUGGCUGCUGCUGUGCUUGGAUCGUGGAUUGGGACCUUUGUCGACCGCAAAGAUCGACUGGAUGUUGUGCGCCAAAGCAUUGUGUGGCAGCGCUUGAGCGUUGCAGGAAGCUGUAUAGUGCUUCUAGCGAUGCUAGGCCACGGGGCAGAAGAGAGGGGACUGGUCACAUAUGCUCUGUUCACCUUGAGUGUGAUCCUAGCCUGUGUUGAGAAACUCGCAUACGUCGCGAACACAGUCGCUGUGGAAAGAGAUUGGAUUAUUGUGGUUUCCGACAGUCUCAAGACCGACCGUCAAGACCUCAACAGCAUGAUGCGCCGCAUCGACUUGCUCUGCAAGCUGGUUGCUCCUGUUGGCAUUGGACUUCUUGACGGCUACUCAACCAAGAUCGCCAUCUUGGUUGUAUUCGCCCAGAACGCAGUUUCUGUCGCGAUCGAAUAUUGGGCGAUCAAGCAAGUCUACGAUGCAAUUCCAGAGUUGGGAAACAGCAAGGCGUCAGAAACGUCUCAGGACCGUGUCACACCUUUGAGCACGACCACCACGACCACAACACCGACCACCAAAUCUCCAGUAUCACUCCUCGCCCCAUACAAGUCUUACAUCCAAAAUCCGGCCUUCCUCGCCUCCUUCGCCUUGUCCCUCCUUUACCUCACGGUCCUAUCGUUCGCAUCACAAAUGACAACAUACCUCCUUACCCUGGGUUUCACAAGCACCCAUGUUUCGCUUAUGCGCCUGGUAUCCGUCAUCCUCGAACUCAGCGCUACAUGCGCCGCGCCGUAUUUGAUGUCGCGCAUCGGCGCCGUACGCUCAGGCUUGUGGUUCGUCAACGAGCAACUCAUCAGUAUCGCACUAGCCAUUGGGCUGUGGCUAUAUUACAUCGACAAGCCGCUUAUUGCUGGCGCUGUACUAGUCUCGGGCGUUGCAUUCUCGCGCCUCGGCCUAUGGGGUUUCGAUCUCAGCGUGCAGUUCUUGGUUCAAGACGCUGCGCCGGAGGCUUCGAGAGGAAGCUUCUCGGCGAUUGAGAUGAGCUUGCAGAAUGUGUUUGAACUGCUCUCUUUUGCUACGACGAUGGUGUGGUACAGACCGGAAGACUUCCAAGUACCAAUAUUCAUCAGCGCGGGUGCAAUAGCAACGAGCGCAGCGUGUUUCGCUGGCUUUCCAAGCACCAUGUCGUCGAUGCGAAAUGCCGUCCAACGGCGCAACCACAAGGAGCGUGCGCAGCCCGUCGAGCGCGAAAAAUGGGGCCUCCUCGAAAAGCGCAAAGACUACAAGCUCCGCGCGGCCGACCACAAGCAGAAGAAGCAGAAACUCAAGCUGUUGAGCGAAAAGGCCCGCGACCGAAAUCCCGAUGAGUUUUCUUUCAAGAUGCUGUCGUCCAAGGUGGACAAGCAGGGCAGGAAAGUGGCGGAUCGAGGCAACACGGCACUCAGCGUGGACGUGGUCAAGCUUCUCAAGACGCAAGACGCUGGAUACAUUCGCACCAUGCUGCAAAUGGUCAGGAAGGAGCGGGAGGAGCUGGAGCAGAAGUUGGUAUUAGAGGCGGACGAGGUGCGGGCUUUGAAGGACGGUAGCCGUGCGGAACAGAGCAAACAUAGGGUGUAUGUGGAGGACGAGGAGCAGCAGCAAACCUUUGACCCAGACUCAUGGUUUGGCCGCGGGCAAGAUAUGCCCAACCAAAUUUCACAUGCAGAGGAACCCCAAUUUGAAGGAUACAGCGACGAUGACGACGAAGAGGAACCUGCUGCACGCCCAAAGACGAUGUCGAAGAAGCAGAUUGAGGCACAAGAGCUUGCCAAGAAGGAAAAGCGAGCGUUCAACAAGACCAGAGAUCAGGCACAGUCACGCACCGCGUACAAGCUGGAGAUGAUCAAGAAGCGGGAAAAGGAGUUAGCAGCUGCAGAGAACGAGUUGGAGCUGCAGCGAGCCAAGAUGAGCAGCACCGUCGGAGGUGUCAACAAAAACGGCGUCAAGUUCAAAGUGCGUGAGAGGAAGCGUUGA